ACAGUUAACCUCGAGACUCGGAGCGUACAACAUGGUGUCAGGCGUGGGGUUAUACUGAAAAGUAGAAAAGCGAGGGAACGCGAUUAAAUUCAAUAAUAAACAAUGGCAAACGUUGAAGACCUAGCUCAACAAAUUCAGGACCUGCAAAAUUUGGUUAUAAACCUACAAAAGCAAACUAGAAAAGAGCCGACGAUGGUAGCAACGCAAAUACCAGCACCGGAGAAAUUUUCGUUCGUAAAAGAAGAGUGGCAGUCAUGGAUUACUCAUUACGAAAGGUACAGGUUAGCAACUAAGUUGGACGUGACAGAUGAAAGAACCCAAAUUAAUUCACUGUGUUUGCACAUCGGACCGGAAAUAACGAAAUUUCUGGAAACACAAUUUAAAAAAGAAGAAAGUUUUAAUACGUACGCAGAAAUAAAAGAGUUUUUAAAUGAAAAAUUUAUAAAGACGCAUAACGUGAUUUAUGCGAGGGCAAAAUUUAAUUUGCGUAAACAAAAAGAAGGAGAAACGGCCGAGGAAUACGUUAGGGCAAUAACUACUCUAGCAAAAAAUUGUAAAUACGGGUCUUUAGAAGACGAAUUAAUAAGAGACAAACUAGUUGUCGGAAUAAGAGACCAGAAACUGUCUGAAAAUUUACAAUUGGAUGAACACUUGACCUUGGAGAAGACAAUAAUAAAAAUAAUGCAAACGGAAAGAAUAAAAUCCGAAAAUACUGAAUUACGCGAAGAGCGAUAUCAGGUGGACCGACUACAAAAACCAGUUCAGGGAUCGAUCGAUAGAACGUCGGAGCGACGUAGAUAUAAACAAAACCAGACGGUAAGAAAAAAAUGUUUUCGAUGCGGCGAUAAAAAUGGCCAUAAAAGAGAAUGUUGUCCGGCAAAUAAACAAACAUGCCACAAAUGUAAAAUAACGGGACACUUUGCGGCGCAGUGUAAAACAAAGAAAGGAAGACAAAUAAAAGAAGUAAAAGCGGAGUGUUCAAAAAGAAGUACAGACGACGAAGAAAGUUCGGGAAGUGAAUAUGAAGUAAAACGAGAAUUUAGACGUGUUAUUCGCGUGAAUAGAAUCGAAAGAGAUCAACCCUGGGAAGUAGAAUUAAGAAUAAAUUAUAAACCAAUUGUUUUCAAGAUAGAUACAGGAGCAGACGAAACGAUUUUGAGCCAUAAAACCUAUAAAAAUAAAUUAGGACCAACAUAUGAGCUAAAACCGACAAACGCAACGUUAGUGGGGCCUGGAAGUUCAAAAGACGGAUGUCAGCUGAAAGUUUUCGGUAAGGUUAUGUUACCUGUUCAGUGGAAAGAUAAAACUAAAUUAAUUAAAUGUUUCGUGGCCGAUACGAAUGAGAAUUUAUUGGGUAGACCUUCUCUAAAUAAAUUAAAAAUCGUUAAAUGGCACAAGGAUGAGCUGAUGAUUGGUAACAUUGUUAAGUUAAAUAAACAGGGUUACGAUCAGAAAAUAAAAAGCAAAUAUCUAGAAGUAUUUACGGGUAUCGGAAAACUGAAAAACUUUAAAUAUAAAAUUCAAUUGAAAGAUAAUGCGUUNACGUAA